AUAGUUUGUAUGUUUAAUUAUACUAGAAGUUUCUGUCUAUAUCAUUAAUACAUGUAUUAUUCAUGGUUAUUAUACCCGUAUAUGAAUUAAUAAAUAAUUACAGUUUGUUGAAAGCACUGUAUACUCGCAAGCAUGAUGUCGCCGAGUGCGGUACGUAUUUUGACAGUUAUUUACUGCAGCGCAAUAGCAUAUUGCAAUGCAAAUAAUGUCACUGCGUAUGUGAAAGAAUAUCUGACCACUAUAACAUGUCUGAGCGUUCCGAAGAUACGAAAUGUUUGUAACAUUGACUGGAAAAUCAGACAAUCUGAUGCUGAACUCUACGAUGCGGUGAUCAAAUCUAUUAAUGCAACGAUAUCUUCAAGUGAAUUAUACCGCGGGCUUAGUGAAGGCGAUGCGAUGCAUUGUCGUAAGAUGUACGAGAACAUGAUGUGUAGAAACACGUUCCCUGUUUGUGAUACGAAGAGGAUGGUCAUAGACCACGGUGACGGUAAAGCUCGAUGCGAAUUUGCAAGGAACGCUUGUACAACGAUAUCGAUUGAAGGCUGUGACUAUUCUACAAGUGGAGUAGAACCGAUCAUAUCCGAACUGAACAAGUGCGAGAACAUUGCAACAAAUACAUCGAAACUUUGCCCUCAUAUUCAAGUGAAGGUAAGGAUUUAUACGAUUUCCUUAAUUAUAGCCUGUGUACAUGAAACUAUGAUAUAUGACUGCAUGUGGACUUAUAUGGAUGACAAAUAAAAGUUCAUAAAACAAACGACUGUUAGUGUUUCUAGUAAAAUGCUUUGAAAUAUAGCAAUACAAAAAUACGAUGAAUGCAGGGUCGGAUGAUUUAUUCUUAUAUUUCCUCUUCUAUUUUCGUCGCUCCGACUUAAAUAUGAUUUAAUUUAUAUCAUUUUCAAUUUCACUCGACUAAAUUUAGUUGACAGUUACCAAAGACAAAGUAAUCAGUAUAUUUGUGCUGUUCUUACAGCGCUACAGGUUAAGCUUUUUAUAUCGGGGUUUAUGAAUUUCUCUUUAGACUUUACUCUGCUGCCGAUGAUGUACGACACCUUUCCUAAGUAUAUAAUUAUACUUUGUAAGAACGUUUUUGACAUCCAUCAUGGCAUGUGGUUAAAUAUCGGUGGCGCUCCAGUAAUAUCAUACAAUUUACGAGUCCCAAUAUUAGCUAACCAAGCAAAUAUGUACUUGUUACUAUAUAAAUAUAUAACUAAAUGCAACUGGAAAGUAUAUUUCAACUGAAAAAUAUCGGUGUUUGUAUGGGUAGAGAAUUUUUUAAAUUAGUGCUAUAAGCGCAGAUAUACGUUGCUAUGAAACGCGUAUUUUACAUGUGAUCUACAUGGGGAUACAGUGGCAGCUGGACAUCGUAUAUAUGUGUUCAUUAAACUUGAUAUUUGCUUUGCUCUUCAAUGACAAUGUGACAGAAAAAAGGCAGCGAAGUGGAAUGUCGGCGAAAAUUAAUUACAUUCAAACAUUGCUGUUACGUACAGAGAUUAAAAUCUUAGUGCCUUAAUUGAAUAGAAUAUCUAGAAUUAAGCACACUGUUUCUAAAUAAAGAGACGAAGUGUUUUCACAGUCGUAGACCUUGCUCACAAAUAUGAAUUGUUGUAAGCACUAAUCCUUUGAUUAGAUCGUAGAGGACCUAUCAAGUUUUAGACGAAGUAUCCGUAUAUACACUGCGUUGAAAACAACUUUGGCCCUUUUUAAGACCAUUGUCUCGUUUGAUUAGCACUUGUUGAGUGAAUUCAAAAACCUGCAAGGCGGCAAAUGUAUAAAGGACUCGUUAAACCAUAAGUAAUGCUAUCUUGAACCAGCCUAUGCAUGUGGUUAUGCUAAUUGGAAAACCACAAAUCGCGAAUGCCGGGCUGGAUACAAUUCUAGUUUCAUAGACAUGGUCAUGAGGGCUUUAUUGUAUAUUUGCUUUUGGACACUGCUUAUACACAUCACAUGCGUUUGUUCUUUGUUUUAUGAUAAUAUACGCCAUGUUAAUCUGUGUGACUUCAGUGAUUACUGUUUCCUGAGCAAUGUCUAAUUCGAAUGUUUUUGCACGUGUUCAACAGGUACCUAGUCGAUACAACGUGCAGAUUGUUAAACCAAUUGUGGAACGUUUGUCAAAGAUAGCGGAAAUGUUCUCAGAAGAAUUAAAGAAUCAUACAGUUACGGCUAGAUGUAAAACGAAAUACAGAGAAGUAUUAUGUCGUCUGAUCGAUGCUUGUUCCCCGGAUGGAUUUUACUAUCUGCAUUAUAUCAAUUCGUCGGAAUGCGAAGAAAUGAUCUCAUGGUGAGUCCUAUAGUGUCUGUAGUUAUUUUAUGUUUUGCCUGGAUCGUGGGAAAAUCGCUGCACCCUAUCUUGGGGCCAAUUAUAUCGAGCAUAGUGCGUAACAAAUAUAUGAUAUAAAUAAAGAAAUUAGUUUCUAAUUUCGCAAAGAUUGAAACGUUUCACUGGCCUCAAGGACCUCAAGGACCAAUUAUAUACACUUGUCUAAUGGUACAUUGUUACGAGAGCCAAGUGAUUUUAUCUUUAUAUCAUUGGUUAGUUAAGCCAUUAGCUUAAGGUAUGUACAUGUUCAAAUACAUAGCCCAUUAUAGGUUGCAAAGACGAUACCAAGAGUUGGACAUGAGAUAAGUUUUAAACGUUUUCUUGCACUCAUGUCAAAACUGAUGGAGUCAGUUCAGUGAUGAGUUAAUUUAAGGGGGCAUUCACAAAAUACGUGUCGCUCGUGGGAGUAGGGGGUGUUUGAUCAGGAGUCACGUAUAGUGUCACAAGAGGGGGGAGGGGUAUCACAAACGCUAUCACGUGACGGAGAGGCGUAUAUAGGGUAACAUUUAUCCCUGUCUAUAACAAAACAAGACCGUGCUUGUAAAUAUGUGUCCCUUAGAUGACAAAUCAAUGUUUUCUAUUAAAAUACUCCUCCUGACAUCGCCAUGGAAUACGGCACUCCCGUUAUUCAACGAACCAGCGAGAAACUGAGUGGGAAACUGUUUAGGCCGAGGUUUAAUAAGGCACUGAAAUAGUGUCAAUUUAUAGAUAACGUUGUGAAUCUGUUCUUGCAUAUUAAAUUUGAGUGGGGUUUUUUUUUGGGGGGGGGGUGGCUUUUAUGAUGGGGUGUACCGCUAGCUGUGACACACUGUCACAAGGGGGUAGGGAGGGGUAAAAACAGCGUCACGUAUUUUGUGAAUGGCCCAUAACGAGCAUAGUUCAAUUUUAUUAGAAAAAUCGUUGCCAUCUUAGUACUUUAGUCUUUACUUGUGUUUGCCGGUAUACAGGGCACGAAAGCAAGCAACCCCGUCGAAAACUUUGAAAGUGCUGAUUCACCGUAUUUUUGAACUGCAGUUAAUCAAUGCAUGUUGAAAACUUACCAUAACAAUCAACUAUACUAGACAAAGGUAUCAUAAAUUGUAGUCCAGCAGACAAAAGUAAUAGAACGUCGCCUUGACACAAGACGAAACUACUAAAUUAGGACUGAUAUCGAUUCAAGUGUCACAGCAUGUUCGACAGCUGAUCUAUGUCUUAGCCUACAACUUCAUAGUUAUUUAUUUAUUAUUAAUUAAAUUAUUAAAUUUAUUAUUAAUUAAAUUAUUAAUUUAUUAUUAGGAAACAUAAUAUUCAGAGUAAAUUGGUUGGUGUUUUGUGGUCCUUACAUUAGGUACUUACCAUAAAUGCAUGUCAAGAACUGUAUUUUUAAUAAUAUAAUAAUAUAACUUUUGUUUGUGGAAACACCACGUAAAUGUUUACUGCAAAGCUUUCGAUCCGUAAGCCAGGCUUAUCCAGGCUUACGGAUCGAAAGCUUUGUGGUAAUAAAUUUACGUGGUGUUUCCACAAACAAAAGUAUAUUAUAUGUUUUAUCGCCAUGCAAACCUACAAAGAACUGCAUUUUUAUAAAUAAUCCUAUAUAUAUAUAUAGAAAUCUGGCUAAACGGUAGGGUUCAAAUAACAUUAACAUAUUAUAUUACUAAUAACCAUCAACCGUAUCCAAUUAAUCUACCUUAAGGUUAUUAUUUAGGCCACACAAUGUCUUACACCAGUACUUGUCCAAUUACCUAUUUUACACCAUAAAAAGGAGAAGGGUUGUUCUAAAAAAAUCCCUUAAUUUUUGAGGCAAAAAUUUCUACGAGUUCCCAGUAUACAUUGUCAAUGCAUGGUAACUUAGUGCCGUAUACAAGAUGCAAAUUCAUUACCUGCAAUGCCGCACAAAAUUGAUCAGAAAUCUGUAUGGACGUCAAGUUAACCGCUAUCACAAAAUACAUUUCGAAAUAUGAGUCUGCGUUACACUCCGCUGACCUACGUAAAUUGAACUGAUUACACGUUUAAUUGAAUCUGUAAAGUUCAUUUAUCUACAGCUGGGUGUGCUCAAUGCCAACCAACAUGAUGCGACUGUGAUCCCAUCAGGGGUAUAGUUCGCACCUUUUGUGAAGAUAACCCGAUUUGUUGCAUAAUUUUUGUCGAGUGUGUAAAAGAUUCUGCUGCCCUACAUUGUUGCUUGAGCAAGAAUUGGUCUUAUUGGCUGUGUGUCUACAGGCUUACAGCUUAUAUACUUGAUGCAUCAAUAUUGCACGAAGGCAUGCAAUGAGUAUAUUGACUGGGGUUUUGAUUACAGAAGCUCAUUGCAAUAACUGUAAAGAAUGUUUGAAUGAUCAAUGUAGCACGGCAUAGUGACAGCCAGAUUAAAAUAAUAGCGACUCAUAUAUUGCCUAUAGUCAUAUUAGCUUCUCUCUGUAUGCAAUGUCUAAAAAAAUAUUUUUUAGUUGCCUAAUAAAGUAAAUUGUUGAGUCCUGAAAGAUGAUUUCACUACAUUGUAUAACCAAACUCUAAACCUUAAACCUUAAACUCUAUGCGUGCAAAGCUUAAUAGGAACACACAUUUCAAGCUUAGUAUAGUUGAAUAUUGCAGCUAUUUGCCAUUGAAUUGUUUUCGUUAGAAGAUAUUUGCAUGCCAUGCAGUCUCAUGCCAGGCCUCAUAUAUGAUUUCUAAACUGAUUAAAUGAUGCUCCCAUGAUGCUUUGCACGCUUAGAGUUUAAGGUUUAGAGUUUAAGAUUUGCAAAGGACAACCUUUUGAAUUAGCUGUAUCCAUUUCUAUACAAAGGUAAAAAAAAUUAACUAUAUAUACAUGUUUUGGUAUAGCUUCUCGUCCAGAUUUUUUUACUAUAGUAAUAGUAUAACCAUUGACACAUCACUCUAUGCUGUCACAUCUAUAACACGAAUUUUCAGAGUAAAAUACAAUUCCACAGACGCCGCCGCAUUUGCAUCCACAGGCAAUGCAAUAUUGCCUAUUAGAGUGUUUCGAAAAUAAAAUAUGUAGUGACAGAAAUAUUAAAUGUAAUAGAUAGAUAUUUUUAUAUCUGGCAUUAACAUGAUGUAUUAGAAUUAUCUCCAUCCAAUCGAAAACAUAAUUUUAUAACCCAACUCCGGUUGAUACUAUUAAUAUACUAUACUAUAGGGGAUAAGUUGGUGAAAAGAUAAUUAUAGUUUGAGGUUGAACUUAUAAUUAGCAUUUAACCUUGACUGCUUGAACAACAUUGUUUGGAGUAAAGAAAGGGUCGUGGUUUUAGUAACGCUGUGUAAGCUCAUUUCUGUUUUCUCCUUUGCGAUACUACCAUUACAGAGACAAAUUAUCGUUCUGUCAGAAAAAAAACAGAACGUUGCAUUGUAAAUUUUCAACGAAAUUGUAGAAAAUGAGUAACUCUUUGCGCCAAAAUAAGAUAAUUAUAUAUAAAUUCCCGGCGUCUUGCCGAUGCACAAUUUGUUUUAAUUUCUGUAGCUAUAAUUCCCUGCUGAGGUAUUGAUUAUUUCUUCAAAUCUCCCGGCGUUCGAUCCCGCAUGUUCAGACAAAACUCAUUAGAACAAGAAGAAUAUUCAAGAACAAAACGUAUAUUUGCUAGAUUUCGUUUAAUAAUUUAUCUCGAUAGAUUCAAUCAGAAUAAGAAGAUUCGUUGACUUAUGUUUGAGGUUAUUAUUAAUAUAGUUGUUUGAUUUUAUCUCAAUGUUUCUAAAAAUAUGAUUUAUCUAUAAUUUCUGUCGUAAUAUGUAUAUUACCACAUGACCACAAUAUAUAUUACGUACAUCGUUGAUAUACCGGCUGGAACAUAGAUAUAUAAUAUGGCUGGAACCCAACCUCGUACCCAGACUAUUUUCUCUUUCUAGUGUGUUCGAAAAGAAAAUGGCUCUAUGACUUGCAGGGUAGUGCACUCUAAAUUUCUGGGUGUUGUUAUUAAAGGAUUUAAAAUGGUGUAAAUCAUUGCAGGUUGCAUGUAUACACACUGAUUUUGAACACCAAAUACACUCAUCAAUCGUGAUAUUUAUACACCCAAUAAGUGUUAAGGUGGCUCAAUACAGUUUUUAAACGGUUUUUAUACAGUUUUAUCAACAAGUAAUAAUUGUCCAAAAAUGCGCAUCUAAAUCGUACAUUUUCCAUUUUUUUAAAAACUGUAUUGAGCCACCUUAAUAAGUGUUUCAACACAGUUAUUGGGUGUAAAUUUGGUGUUCACUGACACAAAAAUGGUGUUAAUAUUUACACUAAAAGUAUCUGCAGAGCUACCAGUCUGCCGUGCGAAUGGCCGAACAAGGAUGGUUCUGGGUACGAGAUUUGAUGAUCGGUUUCCUAUGAAGAUGCCUGCGGAGGAAGCUACCGAACUGCAAUGAUUUACAUCACUUUAAUAUUGUAGCGACGCCCAGUGAAGGUGACGAGAAAGCAGUGCCCAUUGGGACACGGCCCCAUUGUAGAAGUGGGGAACUAGCCCCUCCCCAAUAUCUAACAAGAAACUUGAAACAACAAUCAAAGGUUACUUUAGAACGCUGUAAAACUACAGUGUAUUACCUAUAUGUAACUGUGACCUCGAUUAAUUUGUUAAAACUGCCCUCAACUGCAGGAAGUAGCAUUUUGAGCAAAACCUAUUUUCAUACCCCUUCCUCCCCAAAAUGUGUUCCUUCCUAUACGCCUCGUUCCAGGCGGAUGUAAUGUGAUAAAAUGUGACGUCAUGUGUAUCAGACAGGUGACCGUGGAAUGCUAAGUAGAAUGCACGAUACGAAAUAAAACAUACAUGUAGAGGCUCAAAAUUGUGUUCUUAAGAUUCUCUUUACAGAUUGGAUGCCCUUAGCUCCCAGUGAAGCAUAGGUGACUCCGAUCCGUCUUGUCUUCUUCGCUCCAACUGCUCACUCAGUAUCAUCUGGGGUUUUUUUGUUUAUCGUAGUGUCAAGUCGGCUGGCUUUUCUGAAAUGAUUACAUCCGUAUGCUCAAAAAUACCCAUCACUGAAGACACAGAAAGUGUAACUGUGGCGAAUCCUUAUAUUCGUCCAGAAAUUGUAACCGCAACAGCAACUCCUACAACAUCUGAGAAGACUGAUCAUAUUACAGAGAAGACUGAUCAUAUUACAGAGAAGACUGGUCGUAUUACAGAGAAAACUGAUCAUAUUACAGAGAAGACUGAUCAUAUUACAGAGAAGACGGGUAUUCCCGUCAGUUAUCCUACGACCUCGACGGAGAUAGCAACGUCUGAAAUAUUGGUAGAACCUACGGACGAAAAUAAAAAACCAGAUCAAGGGGUUUCGAAUAACACCAUAAUAUCUAAAGAAGUGAAAAAGCCUCCUCCCCAUGGAAAUGCGUCCAGGAAUUAUCAAAACCUGUAUAUCUUCACGAUGGUUUUGAUACUGUUGGUAGGCCAAGCGGUUCGUCAGUUUCCUUAGAAAUUUUGUAGGUUAUUAUAUAGUAUAUGCAGGGGUGUAGUGGAGAUGUUGGUGUGGAGACUCAAAGUUUCCUUUACAUUUUAUGCCUUUUAAAUUGUAAAGUGGGUAUUGAAUUGGGGGAGUGGCCUUGCGGGGGCGAAAUGCAACAUGAUUUUGCAGAUAAUUUAUCGUAAGGGUAUGUGAAUUUCGCAUAGAGGGAAAGAUAUAGUCUCAACUACUUAUGUUUAAAAUUGUAGAUAAAAAACCCUCUAGCCCUAUCAAGUCGUACAAUGCACCCACAGGCUAAAAGUAUAAUGUAAACCUUAACAUAGUACGAUUAUUGUUUGUAGCUUUGUUUUAUUACUUAGUUUUAAAUCUUUCCACUAAUACAUCAAGUACUAUAUGGUAUUAAUUAAAUUUCACAAUGAUUUAUUGUAGAUAGGAAAGGGUGUAUACAAAACGUUGUAAUUUAUGAGUGAGUGCAUGCGAAAUAUUAAUUACAAUUAUUUGUAUUGUAUACAAUAGAACUAAUAUAAUUAUAUGUCUAUACGAGCACAAAAUAGAUUUCGUAUGAAAGUACAUUGAGUGACCAUGGAGCAGUUCUCAUUCGGAAAACAUAUAUAUAAAAGUUUUGAUUUCAGAGAAAAAAAUUUUAUGAGACAACUAAUCCAGGUGCACAUUUGUCUGCUACCACGCCCCACUUUCACAAAUACAGACAAUCCAGAUCACAGAAGUACGGAUAGCGUUAUUUUUUUAGCAAUUUUCGACGCGCAAAUCACUCACUCGUAUCCAUAGCAAAUGGAUACUUUUGGAUUUUCGAAAGUCCGAACAUUUUAUGAUUGGACUUUUGCGAAUUCUGUCGCACAUUUUGGCACUUUAUGUGAUUAACAAAGCAAUAUUUUAUUAUUCUCAAUGUCCUGGUGACAGGACAGAUAUAACCUCUUUCUAUUUGCCGUCAUUAAAAUAGAGGAUUUGUAAAUA